AUGACGUACUCACAUAAUAGGUACCUGAUACUAUUGGAAAGAACAGUGGUACUUGAAGCAACAUCCUACAACGUUACUCAAGCCCUCGCCAAGGAAUAUCUGUCCGCUUCUCAUGUGCGCUUUUGUGUCGGCCGAGCCGGAAGCACAACGAAAAACAUCAAACAGAUUGUCAUUAAGACUAGCCGAAAGAAGAAAAACGAGCUUUUUGUCAACCUUUUCGAAGAGAUGAAGAGUGUGCGCACUAUUAUCUUUAUCAACAGCCGUCAAGCUGCCGACACGCUAGACGACUUUUUAUACAAUAUGAAGCUUCCGGUUACGUCUAUGCACAGUGACCGCACCCAGAUCGAGCGAGGGGCAGCUAUGCGAGCUUUUCGCCGUGGUCAAGCCGUUAUUCUGGUUGCCACUGGAGUUACAGCUGGCGGUAUUGAUCUGAGAUAUAUCACGGAUCAAGUUCAAGAUACUCUGCCCGAUGUCCCCAUGACAUUCGUGAGAUGCGAAUCUCAGACAGAUGUUCAUGAUCAGGCUCAAAAUACACUGUCGGAUGUCCCCAUGACAUUCGCGAGAUGCGAAUCUCAGAGAGAUGUUCAUGUGUUCAUUCCAGAAGCGUUUGACUUAGACUUAGUCACUACUGUUUCCCAAGUAAGAAUCCAGAGGCAUAUAUACGGGGGAGGUGGCAUUACUCUUAAGCUAACUCAAGGACCAGACUGUACUGCCGUGAUCCGGUCUGACAUCCGCGGACAGAAAAUUUGGUUCCACAAUCGUCCGAGCCGGCCCGUCACACGCCCUUCUCACCAUUGCUGCCCAGCAUACCAGCAGGAGGUCGAAGAGCAACAUCAAACCCAAUAA